AAACCAUGCGUCUACUUAGAAGAAGCCCAAAGGUCAGAAGCUUCAGAACUCACGAUCACAGGUCAGAGACCCCGCCCCUUGCACUGCAUGCCCUCCACAAGCUGAUCGAUCACAGACUACUCCACCGUGUGCGCCACGUUGCUAACUCUCACUCCAAUCCCGGGAACCAAAUACCGGCGCCAAAUCCCUCGACCACUAACUACUCGGGAUAAAUACAUCGUCGUCGGCGACUGACGAGAUUCCACAGCGGCGUACAACAAGAGGCGCUGGCGCGUGCCUCUCCCGGUCCCGGCCCUCUAGAGCAAGCUGCAAGCUGAUCGUCCGAUCCCCAUGGCAGACGAGUGGUGGAGCUCCGCGCGUACCGGCGACGACGGCGGCGCGUCGGCCUGCUCGACGGUCCGGGCCACGGACCAGGACGCCGCCGAGCCGCCGGCGACGAGUGCCACCGAGACGGAUUAUUUCCGGCCAAGUCUGCUGCACGUCGGCGCCGCCGCCGCCGCCGCCUCGCCGCCGCCGUCCUUCCUCGCCGAUCCAGCCCCCCACAUGGUGGAUUGGACGCAAGCCUACAUGGGCGGCAGCGGCAGAGCGGCUGGUGCAGAGGCGACGAACAGCUUCAACGCGCUCCUCCAACUCCACGGAGACGACGCGGGUCGCCACUUCCUGCUCGAUCAACAGCCCGACGUCGUCGACGGCGUAGCGCCCGUGGAACCAGCGGCGGCGGCGUCGCGGAGCGCGCCCCUGUACGUGGACAAACAGUACUCCAGCUACGGCGACGUGCCGGCGACGCCGAUGAUGACGAAGCCGUUCUCGCAGCAGCAGCAGCAGCACAUCUCCGGCUUCUUUGGUUCGUCGAUGCGGACUUUCAGCGACAUGCCGUCGGCGCCGCCGAUGACGAGGACGAAGCCGCUUCUCUUGCAGGCCUUGGAGCACAAAGCUUUCGAGUCCAAUGAUGAACCUGUUCAGGACACUUGCUCCUUGGCGACGACGAGAAGUAAGAAGCCCCGGAUCGCGACGCCGUCUCCCUUGCCGACCUUCAAGGUGAGGAAAGAGAAGCUCGGGGACAGAAUCACUGCGCUCCAGCAACUGGUCUCGCCUUUUGGAAAGACGGAUACUGCAUCGGUGCUUCACGAGGCCAUCGAAUACAUCAGGUUUCUGCACAAUCAAGUAGCAUCCCUGAGCUCUCCGUAUCUGAGGUGCGGACGCCCUGUGCAGCAGCUACAGCAACAACAGAUCAAGGAGGGCCGUGAGGCGAAGGACCUGCGAAGCCGAGGGUUGUGCCUCGUCCCGGUGGCGAGCACUUAUGCGGUGGCAGCGAGCGAGACUGCGCCGGAGUUCUGGCACCCUACCUUUGGGGGCACAUUUCGGUAGAGAGAGAGACAUGCAUGUAGCCCUAGGUAGAGGGCAGGUAUUUGUGUAAGAGGUAUUCUCAUGUCAGUAGUGUUGAAGCAACAGUAAAUAUAAAACCUGACUGAUCACUGUUAUAAGGGUGUUUAGUUGGAUUGAAUAGAAUGAAAAAUCCAAUCAGAAUAGGGGAAGACAAAAGAUCAGGUGCACUUGCCUACACAUAAGUAUUCUAAGGUCAAGAUGGAUAUAUUUGUUGGGGGCAGGUUCAAAAGAGAACUAUAUGCUAUUGCAGUAGUACAUAGUAAGCAGCUUUCCAAAGAAAUAAUAGUGUUAUUUGGUAGUAUCUUUGUAUUCACAGGUUGGGGUGGAGGAUGGUGGGAUGGUGCUAAACCUUGGAAGCAAAAAGGAGAGGUCAGCUUUGCAAGCAUAGUGAACAGUUAGCCUUUUUCGUAAACAAGUACAUUGUGUAACUUAUACUAAUUUAAAAUUGAAAAAUGCCUUUACUACCACCCCCACACCCUACCUGGCGUGUUGUGUUUUCCCAUUGGAAAAGUUAUAAAAAGGAUUUGUAAAUUGAAAUCUUUCGCAGUACGGAUAAUAAUAUCUCCCUUGGUAUCUCCGCUCUUAA